GACCGGAAGGAGGUGCCCCUGAACCGAGGAACGCAGGCGGUGGUCGUAGGGAGGGGAAGGGAAGCCCCAGGAGACGGCAGCAGCAUGGGCGGGCGACCCUCGAGCCCUCUGGACAAGCAGCAGCAACAGCACCUAAGGGGUGAGCAGCCGGGGGACAACAGCCCACAGCCCCCUGACACCCACUGGUCCCUCCUCCUGCAGAAGCUACCCCGAGUCCGUGAGCACCGAGGACCCCUGACCCAGCUUCGGGGCCACCCACCCCGGUGGCAGCCGAUCUUCUGCGUUCUGCGUGGGGACGGCCGCCUGGAGUGGUUCAGCCACAAGGAGGAAUAUGAAAACGGGGGUCACCCCCUUGGCUCCACAGCCCUGACGGGAUACACACUCCUGACUUCCCAGCGAGAAUAUCUCCGCCUUUUAGACGCUCUCUGCCCGGACUCCUUGGGAGACCAUACUCAGGAAGAGCCUGACUCCCUCUUGGAAGUGCCUGUGAGCUUCCCGCUGUUCCUGCAGCACCCCUUCCGCCGGCACCUCUGCUUCUCUGCGGCCACCAGGGAGGCACAGCAUGCCUGGAGGCUGGCCCUGCAGGGUGGCAUCCGGCUUCGGGGCACAGCGGAUAUCAGGGGACCGCUCGAGUCGUGCCUGCGCCGGGAGGUGGACCCGCAGCUGCCCCGGGUCGUGCAGACCCUGCUGCGCACCGUGGAAGCGGUUUACUCAUUUGGAGAGAUGCCAUGGGACUUGGCACUGAUGCAGACAUGCUACCGUGAGGCCGAACGGAGCCAUGGGCGCUUGGGGCAGCUGGCAGCACCGUUUGGCUUUCUGGGGAUGCAGAGCCUCGUGUUUGGGGCCCAAGAUCUUGCACAGCAGCUCAUAGCUGACGCUGUGGCCACCUUCCUGCAGCUGGCUGACCAGUGUCUGACCAUGGCCCUCAACUGUGACCAGGCUGCCCAGAGGCUGGAGAGAGUCAGGGGGCGCGUGCUGAAGAAAUUCGAAUCGGACAGCGGGCUGGCGCAGAGGAGGUUCAUCCGAGGCUGGGGUCUCUGCAUCUUUUUACCUUUUGUGCUGAGCCAACUCGAGCCAAGCUGCAAAAAGGAGCUUCCUGAGUUCGAGGGGGAUGUCCUUGCCAUGGGCAGCCAGGCUCUGACCACUGAGGGCAUCUAUGAGGACGUCAUCCGGGGGUGCUUGCUGCAGAGGAUUGACCGAGAACUGAAAAAGACCCUUGGUGCCAAUGAUGUAUCCUGCACUCUGGACGGCUGCUUGGAGGUCCCAUGGGAAGAGGAAGGAGCAGCUCCAACUCUUAACUUGGUAUCAAGUUUCCUGGCUGGGAGACAAGCUUUUACCGACUUCCUCUGCUUGCCAGAAAAGUCAUCUGCUAACUAGAUACUGGCAGCCUCUCCGCUGUCUUGCAGCUGCUUCCGGAGUGGAUUCCACAGGGAUUCCCCUGUAUUCUUGGUUCAGCUUGCAGAGGGACUUUCACACCCCAUGGAGACCGUUUCCUCCCAUUCUGUCUGGAGUUUUCAGCCUACCUCAAGACAAUGAGAUAUUCCUGACCUUUCCACCUAUUUCCCUUCAACCCCACCUUCUGAAAUACAUUUGCACAAUACAUGUGCCCUUCAUAGGCUUCUUUAGCUGUCUUCCUUUUACCCUGGACGGGAUGUAGAUGUUAAUUCUGGAACAAUUGCAGCUACAAGAAUUCGUCAUCCUGCCCCUUUUGAGAAAACCAUUGUUUGCCCUUGGGUCUAAAUCCUUCCAGAUGGGAUGGGAUGUAUCUUGUCACCCCUUUUUCUUACUUAACAUGAAAAGACUUUUCCU